AUGGCACGCACAAGCGAACAACAGUCCAGACGCAAGCGUUCGCGCAUGGCUUGCGAGCCAUGUCGAGACCGAAAAAAGAGGUGCAACGGAGGGAUUCCUUGCUCCACCUGCAAUAUUUAUGGUUAUAAGUGUUACUAUCAAAAGUUAACACGCUCUAAACGAAGUGUCUCUGCGCUACGAUCGACCUCAGCUCAAGUUUCACCGAAUAUUCCAACCAGCCAAGGUGCGCCAACAAACGAAAUAGAUAAUUGCGCUUUCGCGGAAUCCCUGGAGGCAAACUCUGGAGCAGCCUUCGUAAGAAAAGCUGGACUCAAAAUAGAUCCUAUAAAUGCACCUAAACGAAAUCUCUUUGGUUGGAAUGUUGGCACCCGUCAGUUGCCUUCCAAUGUUGCUGCUGUGUCUCCCCUAUCGAUCGUCGACAUCGUCUUUCUUGAUGAUAUUAAGGCACUUUCCAACGUUUAUUUCACUAAGGUUGACCCAUUCUACGGCUUUAUAGAUGUCAGUGUAUUUUCUGUCCGCCUAGAAGCGCGUUGGCAACCUCGCUUGAAUGGUGACGUACAUGAUGCUGUGCUAGCGGGUGUUGGCGCUCUUGGUUCGCUCUUCUCACAGAGAAGAAUCAACAACACAGAAGCCCAAUUGGUGGAAUUAGCUCGCUAUAUUUUAGAUGUUCACGUGGAUUAUGGGACUCCAUCAGCAGAAUUGGUGACUGCCUGGGUUCUUCGAGUGAUUUACUUAAGAUUGACAGCCCGUCCAUACCCUACAUGGAUAGCAAGCUGUACCUUGAUGCACCUGAUUGAGGCCCACCAUUUCCAUCAAGACACAACAAACACAGAUUCUCUUCCAAUACCGACAGUAACCGACACCCAAAUUCGAAACCGACUUGUAGGGGUUGCACGACAUCUCAAUUUGUGGAUCUCUUAUGAUUUAGGUGUCUCUAGGGUUUCACUUGCUAACGGUCCUUCGACAAUUCUUCCAUCAGGCACCAGCAAUGACUCGACAGUAGAAAUACUUAAUCUCUUACCGAUAUCUACUUGCCUAGGUCCCGAAGCCACUUGUGACGACAGGAAAAUCCAGGGGUUACUAUUACAGACCUUGAAAGGAACUCACAUACAGCCGCCAUCAGUUCUUGCUCAAUGCAAUCUGGUCUUAUGUCUCCUUCGGCGUCUCCAUAUGACAAACAUUACCUCUUCGUGGAAAACUAUUGAGCUGGUACUGGACUUGUUUGGAAGAAGUCUACGUGCAGUCCGAAGUCUGGUAUCAAAUUGUUGUCCUUGGCAUCAUGUAGCUAAUGUGCCUUUCAAUAUGAUUAGUAUUCUCCUCGAGAUGGAGAACAGCGAAGCUCUCACACUUCUAUCACAGGCUAUGGACACACUCAAAUUUGUCGUAUCCAUAUACGAUACGGAAACGAUCAAAGAAGCCUACAGUACUGCGUAUAUGCUUAUUCUCCUAUACCAACGCCGCAGGCAUGAAGAUGCGGAGCUAAUAUUAAAUAAAGUGUUGCAAAUUCAUAAUUUGCUCCCAGAACAUGAAUCACCAGUUCAGAUAUCAACAUCAUGUCCCGAGGAACAACCCUGGUUGCAAAGCCUAUUACCUGUUGCUGAUGUUUCAGGGCUUUUAGGGGUCAAUCUUUUUCAAUUUGUACCAGAGGAUCUAGAAAGACAUCAAGAAAAUGCAACAAUGGCUCACCCCUUGCAACUCGCCGGGAACCUUGCCCGCGCCUAUCCAUGGGUGUCAGCUCCCUUCAUCGUGAGCGCACCAAUGCGCGUCAUGUCGGGACCAGCCCUAGCCCUUGCCGUAUCGCGCGCUGGCGGGCUUGGAUUUCUAGGACCAACUAUCAAAACGGUUGAUAUGGUAGCUGAUCUUGAGAAGGUUGCGGCAACCAUCGAGAGCUCCCGGGCAUCAUCUACCUCGGCAUCACAUACAUCAUCCGAAUCCAAUAGUUCAUUCUCAACUGCACCUUUUCUCCCUGUCGGUGUCGGUUUUCAACUCUGGAGUGAUGACAUCGAAACUGCAAUUGGGGCCAUUAAAAAAUAUAAACCCUGCGCGGCUUGGCUUUACGCCCCGCGAGAAGGGCAGGAGGAUAUUGAUGAGUGGUCACGCAGAAUCCGCAGUGCAUCGUCUCAUACCCAAAUAUGGGUACAAAUUGGAACACUCAAAGAAGCAAGGUCACUCAUUCAGAGCUCUGAACGGCCAGAUGUAAUUGUUGUUCAAGGAUCAGAGGCUGGGGGUCAUGGCCGGGCCAAAGAUGGGCUUGGACUUAUGGCCUUGUUUCCUGAGGUUGCUGAUGUCCUGGCUAGUAGUCAGAUACCUAUUUUCGCAGCCGGUGGAAUUGCAGAUGGGAGAGGGGCUGCAGCGGCGCUCUGUCUUGGGGCAUCAGGGGUGGUAAUGGGAACACGAUUCCUUGCUACGAGCGAAGCACGCAUUAGUCGUGGCUAUCAAAAUGAGAUUUUGAGGGCCAGUGAUGGAGCCGUGACUACAACACGAACAUUGCUCUAUAAUCACCUUCGUGGGACGAUGGGCUGGCCCAAGGAGUACAGUCCACGCACCAUUAUAAACCAGUCUUUUAUUGAGCACCAGGCUGGGCGACCAUUUGGGGAGCUGAAAGAGCGUCACGAUCAAGCUCUAAAAGCGGGUGAUAAUGGAUGGGGUCCGGAAGGAAGAUUAGCUACAUACGCAGGUGCUGCCAUUGGCCUAAUACGUGAAGUGAAAGAUGCCGAUUCUAUUGUUCAUGAAGUUCGACAAGAUAUACAGAGAAGACUUUUAUUUUAUCAGCAGGCGAAACCGAAAGAUUCUCAAACGAAAAAGGGAAAAUCUGGAAUUAAUUAGAAUGAUGAACAACAAACUUACCCUGUAAAUUUAGAAUCUUUAAUGCCUUAAUAUUCUCUUAAUUUGUGAUUUUUCACUGUAUAAAAUGAGCUUUGCAUAAAAACAAAAAAAG